CAUACCCGUGUAUUAAACUCGAGCCGUCGGGGCAGAGCCCGAGGCAGCAGAAGCCCUGACUUCCUGUCACCUGGUAUCUCUCCGCGAUCCCAGGCCUGGCCCCUCUCACCCUGGGCCCCGUGUCCUGGGGAAACGAGCUGGCGAGGUGAACUCGGCGGCCAGAACCCACACAUCAUCCCUCGAGCCUUGAGACCUCGGAGACUCAGGAGUCUGAGGGCGACAUGGCGACACCCAGGAAUUCAAUGGUCGGAGCUUUCCCAGCGGAAGGUCCUGCUGCCAUGCAUGCUGCUCAGAAAGUGAUUCCCAGGAGGGCGCCUGUGGUGGUGGGCCCCACACAGAGCUUCUUCAUGAGGGAAGCGAAGGCUCUGGGGGCUGUCCAGAUUAUGAACGGGCUGUUCCACAUUGCCCUGGGAAGCCUCAUGCUGAUCCACAAGGACGUCUACAUGCCCAUCUGUGUAACCUUGUGGUACCCUCUCUGGGGAGGCAUCAUGUACAUCAUUUCUGGAUCACUGCUGGCCGCAGCGGAGAAAAACUCCACACAGAGCAUGCUCACAGGAAGAGUAAUAAUGAACUCUUUGAGCCUCUUUGCUGCUAUUUCUGGAAUAAUUUUUUUGAUCAUGGACAUAUUUAAUAUGACAAUUUCCCAUUUUUUUAAAAUGGAGAAUCUGAACCUUAUCAAGACUCAGAUGCCAUAUAUUAACAUAAACAACUGUGAACGAGCUAACCCUGACGAGAACAACUCUCAGUCCGUGGAAUAUUGUGCCAGGAUACGGUUUGUGUUCUUGAGCAAUUUCGCAGUGAUGAUGAUUUUUGCCUUCCUCCAGAAACUUGUGACAGCUGGCACUGUUGAGAAUGAGUGGAAAAAAAUAUGCUCCAGACCCAAAGCUAACAUCGUUCUCCUGUCAGCUGAAGAAAAAAAGGAACAGGCGAUUGAAAUAAAAGAAGUGGUUGAGCAGACUGAAGUGGCUGAGCAGAUUGAAAUAUCUUCCCUACCAAAGAAUGAAGAAGACAUUGAGAUUAUUCCAGUCCAAGAAGAAGAGGAAGAAGAAGCAGAAAUGAACUUCCCGGAGCCCCCCCAGGAUCAGGGAGACUCGCCAAUAGAAAACGAUAGUGUCCCUUAAACGGUCUCUCUUCUUUGCUGUCAUCUUUUCUUUUAGCAUUAGUGUUCACAGCUUCCCAGAGACUUAUUUACCCGCAUUUCUGAAGGCACUCUGCACGUGGCCACCACGUCUUUCUCUGGUCUUUGCGUGGAGGGACCACAGACAGCUCCCUUCUCCCCAUCCUCAUUCAGAGUAUGAACGCCGGCCACUGGGGCAGACUAGCAUCAUGUUUCUCGCUUAGGACAGCCUUCUUACGUUAAAAAGGGAGAAGUCUGAGUGAGGGCUGCAGAAUGCGGCUUGUCACUGGCCUGACUCCUGGGUAGGUGUAGCAGCAGCAGAGUAGUCACAGCAGCAGUAGCGGCAGCAGAAGUUUGUUUUUUCAUUGCUUCUCUCUGCAAUAGGCAGACUGUGUAUCAGAUGAAAAAUGUAAGUGACUGCCCCAUGCCAUCCUUAAGCUAUCUUUGAUUCCUUCCACACCUACGCAUAUAUAUAUAUAUAUAUAUAUAUAUAUAUAUAUAUAUAUAUAUAUAUAUGUGGAAUCUCUUUUGCACCACUGUUUUCAGGAAAGUAAAAGAUAAUGAUAAUGAAGUACAGUAAAGAACCUAUUCCAUCUGUCUUUCUGUGGGCUGACACUGUGCCUCUGCGUCUCACUGGAGGAGCUCUAAGGGGCCAGUCCUCAGCCCUGUCUCUGUACAAACAGCACUGCUUAUAUCUGGAUCUGUCUCCUUCCCUCUUAACUUUUCUUAACUCCUCCUCUAGGCUCUUGGCUGCUCUAUCUACAUACUUUUCGCCUUUAGGCAAGAGAAGAAAGAAUGAUAGAAAAAAAUGCCUUAAUGAACACCCAAAUCGCAAAGGAUAAUCAAUGCUUGUAUUUGACAGUGUUUUCCAGUUCACAAAAUAUUUUAUCAAGUAAGUGUAAUUGAUCUUCCAUGGUCAAGGAAAAAAAAUCCUAUCUCUGUUUUACAAUGCUCACACAGUAAGUAAAUAAAUCAAUGUAACUUUUCAAUAAUAA